AUGCGUUUUAAUAAUACAAAUGCUGUUAUAAUUCAUCCAUCAUCAUCGAUUAAUUCAGUAGAUUAUGAUGAUUCAGAAUGUCACUCUGAUCUACUUAUGUUAAUGAUGAAAAUUCAACCAUUAUUUUUACUUACAUUUGGUUUUAUAGCAAAUCUAUUUUCGUUUGCUGUUCUUAUACAACCACGUUUAAGACGUCGACCAACAUUUUCCUAUCUUGCUUUUCUUAGUUUAUCAAAUGCAUUAUUAUCACUUAUACAUGCUUUUUUUACUAUUAUUGGUGUUUAUUUUGGUUUAACAUUAGAAAAUCUUUCAUUAUUUAUUUUUUGUCGUUUAUUAAAUCGAUUUUUGAUUGAUUUCUUAACACAUUUUUCUUUAUAUACAUUGACAGCUGUUGAUAUUGAUCGUGUUCGUACAGUAACAUCAAAAACAAGUCAUCAACAUCAUUAUAAUCAUCAAAAUAAUCGUCGACAAUAUGGUUGUGCAAAAGCAUUUAUUCGCGUUUGUUUAAUUGAAUUCUGUUUUGCUUGUCUUAUAGCUCUAUUUGAUUUACAUUGGUUAACAUCUUAUGGUUAUACAGUACCACAUCCAUAUACCGAAGAUAUAACAAUGUGUACAGUUAAAGAUACAGAUGGAUAUUCAUUAUCCUAUGGAAAAUAUUUAACAUCAAUUUUACCAAUAGUUGAAUUAGUUUUAUUUGGAACUUUACCAUUUUUAAUAAGUCUUUUUGCAACAAUAAUUAUCUUAAGACAUGUAUCAAUAAAAUAUACAUUUAUUAAUUCUACUAAUCAACAUUUAAAACAAUCUCGUCGUCGAAUGGAAUUACAUUUAUCAAUAUUACUUAUAUCACUUAAUUGUGUAUUUAUAUUAUUUACAACACCACAUAAUAUAUUUAAUGUAUAUGUUUUACGAUUAAGAAAUCGAUUAAAUCAUUUAAAUGAAAAUCAUAAUGAAUUAUGUUCAAUAGCUAUAACACAAAAAAGUUUAGAUUUAUUACAACAAUGUUAUUUUAUGUCAACAUUUUUCUUAUAUAUUCUAACAAAUAAACGUUUUCGUGAAGAAUUUUAUCGAUUAUUUCAAUGUAUGAUAUUUAGUUUAUGUCAAAAUAAAAAUACAAAUAAUUCACGAGUAGAAAUGACAACACAUCUACAUGAAAAUAUUAAUAUUAAUCAUAUGAAUAAUAUGAAUAAUACUAUUAUUCAAAAUAAUUUAUUAACACCAUCUCUUGGGGUAUUUGGAAGUCGUACCUCUAUCAGUGAUGCAUCACAAGAAGAUCAAACAAUAUUCACAUCACAUGAUUAA